AUGCGUGUGGGCACAGCUGGUCCUCAGUGCACAUCCCACAUGGAGCCGGAACAAGGCUGGAAUUUCGGGGGCGCCAAAGACAUCAAGACAUCAGCCAUCAAGACAAACACUAUUUCAGAGAGGAGUUCAUUACUUCGGAAAUGGUACAAUUUAAUGAUACAAAAUAAGGAUGACCUUGCCAAGAUAAUCACAGCUGAAUGUGGAAAGCCAUUGAAGGAGGCACAGGGAGAAAUUCUCUAUUCUGCCCAAUUCCUAGAGUGGUUUUCAGAGGAAGCCCGCCGCAUUUAUGGAGACAUUAUUUAUACCGCAGCAAAGGAAAAGCGGGCCUUGGUCCUCAAGCAACCCGUUGGUGUGGCCACAGUCAUCACCCCGUGGAAUUUCCCCAGUGCCAUGAUCACCAGGAAGGUGGGGGCUGCCCUGGCAGCCGGCUGCACUGUGGUGGUGAAACCUGCCGAAGACACACCGUUCUCCGCCCUGGCCCUGGCCGAGAUCCUGUUGCGUCAUGCAGCAAACUCUGUGAAGAGGGUCUCCAUGGAGCUGGGUGGCCUUGCUCCAUUCAUUGUAUUUGACAGUGCCAACGUGGACCAGGCUGUAGCAGGGGCCCUGGCAUCUAAAUUUAGGAACUCUGGACAGACUUGUAUUUGCUCAAACCGAUUCUUGGUGCAAAGAGGUAUCCAUGAUUCCUUUGUAAAAAAUUUUGCUGAGGCAAUGAAGAAAAACCUGCGUGUAGGUAAUGGAUUUGAGGAGGGAACCACUCAAGGCCCAUUAAUUAAUGAAAAAGCCAUAGAAAAGGUAGAAAAACACGUGAGCGAUGCAGUUUCCAAAGGGGCCACCAUUGUGACAGGCGGGAAGCGACACCAACUUGGAAAAAAUUUCUUUGAGCCCACCCUGCUCAGCAAUGUCACCCGGGACAUGCUUUGCUCUCAAGAAGAGACAUUUGGGCCUCUGGCACCAGUUAUCAAGUUCGACACAGAGGAGGAGGCUAUCGUGAUCGCUAACGCAGCUGACGUUGGGUUGGCAGGUUAUUUCUACUCUCAAGACCCAGCCCAGAUCUGGAGAGUGGCGGAGCAGCUGGAAGUUGGCAUGGUGGGCGUUAAUGAGGGACUGAUGUCCUCUGUGGAGUGCCCUUUUGGUGGGGUGAAGCAGUCUGGCCUUGGGCGAGAGGGGUCCAAGUAUGGCAUUGAUGAGUAUCUGGAACUCAAGUAUGUGUGUUACGGAGGCUUGUAGGAGUCUUCAGUCCUUUAAAAAAUAACAAAAGGAGCUUCCCUUAUAUGGGGAAAUGCCAUCAACUAUUUAAAAUAAACUAAUAGGUUAUCUGAAUGAUGAA